AUGGCCUGGACUCCUCUCCUGCUCGUGUUCCUCUCUCUCUGCACAGGGUGCCUCUCCCAGCCUGUGCUGACUCAGCCUCCCUCCCUCUCUGCAUCGCCUGGAGCAUCAGCCAGACUCACAUGCACCCUGAGCAGUGGGUACAUUGUUGGCGGCUACCACAUAGUCUGGUACCAGCAGAAGCCAGGGAGCUCUCCCCGGUACCUCCUGAGGUUCAAGUCAGACUCUGAUAAGCACCAGGGCUCUGGGGUCCCCAGCCGCUUCUCUGGAUCCAAAGAUGCCUCGGCCAACUCAGGGCUCCUGCUCAUCUCUGCGCUGCAGCCCGAGGACGAGGCUGACUAUUACUGUGCUACAGUUCACGGCAACACUGGUACUUACACUGUGCUCCAGACCCACAGGGAAUAUGAAGAGGGGAAGGAGAGACUUGGGGACGCUCUGCUUCAGCUGUGGGGACACAGAAGGCAGGACCCCGUUACCAUGUCCACCAUGGCCUGGUCCCCUCUGCUCCUCACCCUGGUCGCUCACUGCACAGGAUCCUGGGCCCAGGCUGUGCUGACUCAGCCGCGCUCUGUGUCUGGGGCCCUGGGCCAGAGGGUCACCGUCUCUUGCACUGGAAGCAGCAGCAACAUCGGGAGCAAUUAUGUGAGCUGGUACCAAAAACUCCCAGGCUCGGCCCCCAAAACCUUGAUUUAUGAUGACAAUAAACGACCCUCAGGGAUCCCUGAUCGCUUCUCUGGCUCCAAGUCUGGCAACUCGGGCUCCCUGACCAUCACUGGGCUCCAGGCUGAGGACGAGGCUGAUUAUUACUGCCAGUCUUAUGAUGACAGCCUGGAUGGGAGGAGUCACGUGUGGGAAACGCAGGGGUCAGGGACACAGGUGACCUGGGGAGGCAUAAGAGAGGAGUUGGGCAGCCCAGCCCCAGCUCUGUGUCGUGAGCAGUGGCUGUGA